GGCUUUCAUUGGCUGGAUGGACGGCGCGCGGGUUCCACAUGGGCCCCUCGGUCGCGCGCUGAAGGGUUCCCCUCGCGCCCCAUUCCUUCCCCGGGCUCCUCCCGGGCCCAGGGCUAGCCGGGGUCCUCGUGUCCGCAGCCCUGGGACCCGCGACGGCUACUCCUUUCGUUCGGCCGCCGGCUCGAUGGAAGAGCCUCCCGGGAAGCCCCUCAGCUGUGAGGAGAAGGAAAAGUUGAAGGAAAAAUUGGCAUUCUUGAAAAGGGAAUACAGCAAGACACUGGCCCGCCUUCAGCGUGCCCAAAGAGCUGAGAAGGUUAAGAAUGCUGUUCAGAAAACAGUGAAAGAACAAGAUUCCUUGGUCCAGCGGGACGUUGCACCACGGCUAAGCCAUGCAGCACCUAAAACUGCAGUAUUUUCUUGUGACACAUUACACAGCAACAUCCAUCUCGAUGGAGAAGCUGGAGACGCUGAGCCUGCGUCCUUUACCCCUGGGCGCGGCUCAGUGGGAGGCUUAGACACGCAAAGAACAGACGAUACCCACGACCAUUUUGCCUCCCGGCUCAAUGGCUCUGAUGGGGAGAAAAGGCCAAGUGAGCUGCCAGGGAGGAGAGAGCAACAGCAGAAAAGAACAUUUAUUUCACAAGAGAGAGCAUCUUUCUUCGACACUGAUUCGCUCAUACUCUCAGGAAAAAGACUAAAGGACCCAGAAGACGUCAAUAGAGGAAAUCCUAGAAUGCCUGUGACUGAAGUAAGAACCUCCCUUUCAAGUCCUAAGUCUGGUAGUCCAGACUCACCAGUUCCAGAAACUGAGGGAGGGAGGGUACUAACUCCACCAGCUGCCAGACCACAGAGCCAUGUGGAUCCGCUGGUGAAAGGAAGGCCUUUCUGCCGGGCAACGCCACUUCCUCCGCCCGCGUCUGGUAGCAGCAGCAGCAGCCAGCACCUUCACCACAAGCCUUCUGGAAGGAACUGGGAACCUAUCGCUCACGGUUUAAAGAACAUUAGCCCUACCCCACCUGUAAACUCAGAGGCACGAGGCAAAAGAACGACUGUCUUGCCAGGUAGCCCGGAGGUAAAUAAAGCUACAGGAGUAAGUGGUCAGCUGCUCAGAGGUCCCAGCUGGGAGGCAGACCAUGCCUGUUCUGUAAAUGAACUCGGUGAUGAUAACUUAGCGGCAAAGGAAAGCCAAAACUUAACAGAACCAAACCACACAGAGAAGGGUUCAGAAUCUCCCAGUAGCACCCUUGACGAUAGAAAGGAAAAUCUUCAGGAAAAUGAGGUUCAGAGCCCAUCCAGGAGUCUUGGACUAGCAGUCGUGUCGCCUGUUUCUGCAGAAAAUCAAACACAUUCUUGCCCAAAGCUUGAAGGGCUUCUUUUUCCUGCCGAAUAUUCUGUUAGAACAACGCGACACAUGUCAAAUCGUCAGAGGGAAGUAGCCGUGGAGGCUGUCAUUCCGAGUCACUUGGGUGCCCGAAAGAAAGGGUUUAAACGUAAGAAUAAAGACGCUGCUGACAAUUUAAACCUUCCCGGUGAAGAAGCUAAUCCAGGUGAAAUGCAGGUACCUGACACAGGCACAGGACGACCCAAGCCCCCUAACAAUGACUUUUUUCCUAAGAAGGCGGUUCCGCGGCCCGCUGGUAGGAGACACCGAGGAAAGAGCAAAGCAAGGCUCGCCGCUCCGUUGCGUCUCCGUGAGCCCACUUCCGGCACAUCAGGUUUCCCCGGCGAGGAGGAAGACGUGGCCCCGCAAAGAGCUCAGAGUGACAAGGCGAUAAUGAUUCACGGGAAGGACGGUCACUGCCGAAAAGAGGACCCUCUUUCUUCCAGUGCAGAUGCUUGUGUAGCUCUGGAUGAGGACGUGGGCAGUGCUCCAGCUCCUGAGAAUGAAGUGCUGAGUUUCAAGCAGCUGUCGUCUUUCCCCCGAAUCACAGACUUCCAGCUACCGGAGGAAGACUUUGGACCCCUUAAACUGGAAAAGCUGAAGUCCUGCUCCGGAAAGCCGAGGGAGCCUUCUCGGUCCAGAAGGUCCAGACGGAGGCAUCUGGAGGACGGGAACUGUGUCGUUGUGCAGGAGCUGACCCCUCAACCAGCUGCCCGCGACGUGGAGGACGUGGAAGAGCAGCUGACGCUUCGACCAGGACGAGCAUGUCGUCCAAUGCCCGAGCCGGGGCGCCAGCGUCCGAGGAAGGGCCUUUCUUCUCCCACGUUCCUUUUCACCCCUUCGGAUACUCUGGCGCCUGACGAUAAGGACACACCCACAGCCGACGUGUGCUCGCCCGCUCUUCCCCUCGUCGGCACGACUCCAGCUCUGGGCUCCCAGGCUCCCUGGGCCGGAGUGUCUGCGGAGCUUGUGGCACACACGUGCUCUCCAGCCCAGCUCUCUCCCCUGCAGGCCACCGUCAGCCUUGCUGGUGAUCGUAAGCCAUGUGCCAGUCGCACUCACCCACCGAGGUUAGAUGGCAGCCUGCAUGUGUCGGGCCAGGAGGGACAGCCUUCCUGGGACUGCGAUUCUGGUCCCCAAGCCACACCUCUGCUCACCGAGUCGUUCACUUUCGAAGAAAAUCAGCUCUGUGCAGACACGCGCCUGGAACCGUGGCGAUGUCCCACUGAACAGACUGAAGUAGCAGACGGUCCCACUUGUGACAGCUUCAACCCAGGCGACCUGCAGUUGGUUUCAAAGUUACAGAACCCUUCAGGGUCCUGCUCCGUGGACGUGAGUGCCCUGUGGUGGGGAAUCGCUGGGCUCCAGGAGCCGUGCAUCGUAACUGCUUGUGAAUACGCAGUUUCUCUCUGGAGACCGCUGGACGCUUGGCGGUGGGAAGAAAUGUAUUCCUGGCACUUCACUGAGGUUCCCGUGUUACAAAUAGUUCCCGUGCCUGAUGUUUGUAACCUGGUGUGUGUGGCUUUGGGAAAUUUGGAAAUCCGAGAAAUCAGGGCCUUACUUUGUUCCUCUGACGGUGCAAGUGAAAAGCAGGUGCUCCUGACUUCUGGAAACAUCCAAGCUGUGCUUGGCCUGACAAAGCGGAGGCUAGUCAGUAGCAGCGGGACCCUUUGUGAUCAACGAGUAGAAAUCAUGACCUUUGCAGAAGACGGAGGAAGCAAAGAGAAACAGCUGUUGACGGCCCCUCAAGAGACGUUACUGACUUUCGCCGAGGUGCAGGGGGUGCAGGAAGCGCUGCUUGGUACCACAGUCAUGAACAGCAUUGUUAUCUGGAAUUUAAAAACCGGUCAGCUCCUGAAGAAGAUGCAGAUUGGCGAUUCCUGCCAAGCUUCCGUCUGUCACAAGGCCUAUUCUGAAAUGGGGCUCCUGUUUGUUGUUCUGAGUCACCCCUGUGCCCAGGAGAGCGAGCCGUCGGGAAGCCCAGUGUUUCAGCUGCUUGCAGUGAACCCCAAGACGACCCUGAGCGUGGGCGUCAUGCUCUACCGCCUUCCUCACGGGCAGGCUGGAAGGUUCCUGGAAGGUGACGUGAAAGGUAAUUUUGCAGCCGCCGUGCUGACUUCUGGAACCAUCGCCAUUUGGGACUUGCUUCUGGGUCAGUGCACUGUUCUCCUCCCGCCCAUCUCGGACCAGAAUUGGUCUUUUGUUAAAUGGUCAGGAGCAGAUUCUCAUUUGCUGGCUGGACAAAAAGAUGGAAAUAUAUUUGUAUAUUUAAUAAGUUAGGGUAAGGUGAGAACACGAUGUCCUCGCUCUUUGAGGCCUCCUAGUACUUCCUGGAGUUGUUACUGUAAAGGAAAAUACCUGAAUGACAUUUAAAAUAAUUCCUUAUAUUCAUUCAGACAGACUUUUUAUUUUGACGGUGGUGGGACUGCUGAUCUCUAAUGUUCAUUUAUACUUUGGGGGAAAGGACUUCACAGUGAUUUUUGGAAUUCCUCUCAUUGGCACGUUUGCUUUUAAAGGUGUACAUAAAGCUUCAAAUGUUA